GUAUCUCGUGCCAUUCAGGAGUUGCCGUCGACAGUUUCAUAACACUUCAGGUGUUCACGCUUUUCCAUACCGGGCAAGUCCAUAAUUACGGCGCCUCCGCGUGCCUCGUGCCACAGACGCGUUUCCAUCUCGACUUGUAUUCUACUACCACUCAAACUCUCACAAAACCAUUCAACAUUCGACGAAAACCUUACAGACAUGAACAAACGCGUUGGUGCCGAGAGUCUCUUCGGAGUUGGCGGAGGAACAGUUUCUGAAGUAUCGCGUAAGAACCUCGAGAUCGCAGAAGACCUCUGCAGGAAACGUAAACCUAUAGAAGCACUUCCAUACCUAGACAAGGCGUUGAAAGCGGAUGAUGCCAACUUGGACGCGUACAUCCAAUUGGCAUUCCUAGCGCCGACUUUGGAUGACAGUAUAGAAGUUCUUGAGAGUGCUGAACACAAAGGUCGAGGAAAGCUCAAACAGGCGUUUGGACCGAAUUGCUUCGACGAUGAUAGCAAUGAAGUGGGAAAUUUCUGGAGUAUCCUCGAGACGCGACCCUAUAUGCGCGUAUUGCAAUCGCUAGUGCGACUUUCCUUCGAGAACAAGCGUUUUGACAAGUGCUGUGAGACCAUUACUGAGAUGCUUCGCCUCUGUCCUGGAGACAACAUGAAGCAACGAUCAUGGUUUGGAUCCGUGCUCUUGAAAACGGGUCGCACCAAAGACGCGCUCCAUUUUUCUCAGGCCUGGAUGGAGCGCGACACUCGUCACCACGGGACACUUCCUUCAAAGGCCGGUUGUGACUGGAAGGAACCAUCCCAAGAGCCUUUGACUCAAGAGACCAUUGAUGAUAUGUCCCAGUGGACACCUGCAGAGCAUUUAUAUACCGCCGCCUAUGCUUCGUUCAAACUAUGGGGUGAUUGUGAACUGGCCAGACAAUAUCUCCAUCUCGCAGUCAAAAUGAACCCGAAUACUGUGAUCAAGAUUCUAGCAAAGGUGGAGCAGCCGAAGAGCUUGAAUAUGUCCGCUCGGUCCAUCAAUGGCCCCGAAGAGGCGCAUGACUACCUCUGGCUUGCUCAGGACCUGUGGAUGGCCGAGGAUGUAUGGAAUUGGGCCAACUCGCAAGAGGCAACAAGGAACCUCUUACUCAGAAAAUGCUCCCGGGACGGAUGCAAUAACGAAGAAAAAUCAGUCGCCGAGUUCAAGCGAUGUGCCGCAUGUCACGAAGUAUGGUACUGCGGGCCUCAGUGCCAGAAGCAACAUUGGAAACAGCAUAAGAAAGCAUGUCAGGAGCAUCAACGUAGGAAGCAGAUGUUGAAGAUGAUUUCGCAGGGUAGACCUCCUCCAAAGGACUCUACUCGGGCAGUAAUUGCCUCCGCUGAUUUCUCGGCGGAAGGAGUCACGACUAGGUUCCAUUGAGCUGGGUUUUCGGGAGGACAACGAGGCAUGCUACUGUGCCUGGUAGUGUCCACUCUUGUAGCUUGAAUGCUCUGCGGUUUUUCUUGCUCCGGGUUCUCUCGCUAAUUGCCCCGCAUUCCUCAUACCAUAACUAGGAGGGAGACGAUCAUCUUUGCUUCGAUGCAUCCGUUCGCAUGGGAUCGCAUCUUGUUUUGCUAUACUUUUUGUUCUGAUCUGAAUCGCAAUCAACCAUUCUUGUAACGUAAGUCUAUCAUAUAAUGUAUUCAAAGGCUCCGAGAUAGGCUACGUGAUACAGAUAACGUGCGAGGACA